UGUUCUCGAACAACGUUUGUGUACACCAAAUACACUUGUCUGUUUGUGUGCAUAGAUUUAUGUAUGUACAGUUGUGUGCAUGUGUGGGUUUGUUUGAGGCUCAAUUUAAGUAUAAAAGGAAAGGCAGCUCAUUUCCUGAGGACAACAAACAACAGUUAGCUCAUGUCUACUCUGCUCACUGGCUUGGCUACACUAAAUGUGUUAUUCUGGAUUUUGUGGAUCUAAGUCUGCUCACAAUUAAGUUUUUAUUUCAGCAAUCUUUAUAAAGGCUAAAGGCCAGAUUAGAAAAAACACAAUGGCCAGUUAUUUUGCACGUUUGAAAAAUUUUAUCACAGGCAAGCGCAACUCAGCCAACCUUGAUCUACCUAAAGGUGUUGCUGAGACAGAAGAUGCAGAUUAUGGAGAAGACCAGAAGAAAAAAAUGUCUUUUUAUAAUCCGCUAGACCCUGUGCCAAAGCUUGAAUUCUAUUCCAAAGACACAUGGACGGGACGUAUGAAGAGUACGAGACCAACUUUAGAUGUUUUGCGCAAACCACAAGGUGAAGAGGAUCUUCCCCCUCCACCAGAAGAUGAGAGACCAAAAGUCAAGCUUGUUCGCUUUGGAUGGAUUAUGGGAGUUAUGAUCCGCACUAUGGUAAACAUCUGGGGAGUCACUAUGUUUCUACAACUUCCAUGGAUCACAGCUCAAGCUGGAGUUAUUCUUACGUUUGUCAUAAUCAUCAUGUCGGUUGCCAUCACAACAUUCACGGCAAUGUCAGUGUCAGCGAUCUCCACCAAUGGGAAGGUUUACUCUGGUGGCACAUACUUUGUCAUCUCUCGAAGUCUGGGUCCUGAGCUGGGAGCACCCAUUGGUCUACUCUUCUCAUUUGCCAAUGCUCUCGCCUGCUCGCUCAACACAGUGGGGUUUGCAGAGACUGUCACCAAUGUUCUUGCAGAACACAAUGUACAGAUGGUGGAUCAUAUUAAUGAUGUCCGAAUUAUAGGGACAAUUACUGUUUUUGUUCUCCUUUGUAUCACAUUUGCUGGAAUGGAAUGGGAGACCAAGGCUCAGAUUGUGUUCUUCCUUUGUGUAAUAGUCUCCUUAGCAAAUUAUUUUGUGGGGACACUUAUUCCACCCUCCAAAGAAAAGCAGGCUGUGGGAUUCUUUAGCUACCGCUCUGAGGUCUUUGUCUCAAAUCUACUGCCUUCAUACCGAGGCCAAGAUGCAAAUUUCUUCAAUAUGUUUUCCAUUUUCUUCCCUGGUGUCACUGGAAUUCUGUAUGGGGUCAACAUCAGUGGGGAUCUUAAGGACCCAGCAGGUGCAAUUCCUAAAGGCACAUUGCUUGCCAUAUUAGGGACCACUUUGAGCUAUUUACUUAUCGCAGCGACAUGUGCUGCAACUGUUGUAAAGGACGCUUCUGGAAUUCUAAAUGAUACUUUAUCACUCAACUCUUCAAUCCAAUGCAGUGGUCUGGGCUGUAAACUAGGCUGGAAUUUUGACAGUUGUGAAAUGAACCAAACCUGUAACUUUGGAAUGAUAAAUGAUUUACAGAUACUUACCAAAGUUUCAGCAAGUGGGUAUUUAAUCAUAAUCGGAAUAUUUGCUGCCACUUUGUCAUCAGCAUUGGGUUAUUUGGUGUCGGCCCCCAAAGUUUUUCAGUGUUUGUGUCAAGACAACAUCUACCCCUACAUUGGAUUCUUUGGGAAAGGUUAUGGGAAAAACCAAGAACCUCUGCGUGGCUACAUUCUCAUGUUUAUUAUAGCUUUAGGUUUCAUCCUCAUUGGUGAUCUGAACACCAUCUCUCCUCUGAUCUCAAACGUCUUCCUCUGCUGUUUUGGUCUCAUUAACUUCAGCUGCUUUCAUGCAUCUUACACGAAAUCCCCUGGCUGGAGGCCAUCAUACCGUUACUACAAUGCUUGGAUUUCUCUGUUGACUGCUGUUUUGUGUUUUAUCCUCAUGUUUCUUUUCGUGUGGUGGACUGCACUUGUCAUUUUCGUCAUUAUCUUCUUUCUCUUAGGCUACGUUAUGUAUAAAAAACCUCAUGUGAACUGGGGUUCAUCUUACCAGGCAGGUAUCUACAACAUGGCUUUGUCCUUAUCUGUGUCUCUGUCAAAUGUUGAAGAUCAUGUCAAAAAUUUCAGGCCUCAGUGUCUUGUUCUGACUGGUCCUCCAAAUGUGCGUCCCGCUCUGGUAGACUUUGUGGGCACUUUCACUAAAAACAUCAGCCUGAUGAUCUGUGGAAACAUUAUCAAGGAGGACGAAAAGUCAACAUUGCCCCAGCAGAGUACAGAAAUGCUGAUUGAUUGGCUAAUUAAAAGGAAAGUUUGUGCUUUCUACACAGCCUUCACUGCUGACAGUCUGAAGGAAGGGUCACAUCAUCUCAUGCAGGCAUCAGGUCUUGGUAAAAUGAAGCCAAAUACCCUUGUUUUGGGAUAUAUGACAAACUGGCAGGAAUGUAAUCCUGAGAGUUUACAAGACUACGUGAACACAAUCUACAAUGCAUUUGACAACAGCUAUGGCAUUGCUAUUCUAAGAAUGAUGGAUGGAUUAGAUGUAACGGAUGAUUUGAAAAGUGCAGCAGGUGGACCUCCCUCAAUUGUGAAUCCGGCAUUUGACGCAGAAGAAGUAACACAAUCGGAAAAUGGCGACAUUGAGCAACGUUCAGAUGUUUCUGAUGGUCCUCCCAAUGUGCAGGUUAAGACCAUUUUUCAGACAAAACAGGGAAGGAAGACCAUAGAUAUCUACUGGAUUGCUGAUGAUGGAGGUCUGACUCUUUUAGUACCAUAUUUGCUAACCAGAAGAAAGUGCUGGAAAAAGACCCAAAUCAGAGUGUUUAUCUUAGGAGAUAAGGAUACAAUGGAGGAAGACUGUAAAGACAUGAAAAUGCUGUUACAAAAAUUCCGUCUGGAAAUUAAGGACAUCAUUGUGAUAACAGAUGUGGAUAAAGUGCCACUUGCUAAAAAUUUGCAGCGGUAUGAGGACAACAUUUUCCCCUUCAGGUUAAAUGAAGAACAGACGGUAGGGGACAUCCAGGAACUCAAGAGACUAAGUCCAUGGAAAGUUUCAAACAAAGACCUUCAGUUCAUGAAACCCAAGGUGGAGAGGUCUGUGCGACUAAAUGAAAUCAUUAAGAGGAACUCAAUACAUGCUGCUCUGGUUGUAAUUUCUCUUCCAGUCCCUGGUGUUAAUUGCCCUAGUUCUCUCUAUAUGGCCUGGUUGGAAGCAUUAAGCUAUGGCAUCCACUGUCCUGUCAUGCUCAUUCGAGGAAAUCAAGAAAAUGUCAUGACCUUCUACUGCCAGUAAAGCACACACAAAUGCACUGCACUGAAAAUUGUUCUGGGUUAUGAAUAAAAGUGUAGACUACAGAUUGUAUGAUUACCAUGCAUGGCCUCGCCCUUAACAUAACCGUGAGCAUCCUUUCAGGUUGUAGCAGUAUUUUAAACUUUUUAAGAAGUAUUUAAGAGCGACGGCAAACUCAGAACACAUUUAAUAUUUGACUUUAACAAAGUUUUAAUGACCAUAUUUAUUUCCAUGUAUUUUUUUGCUUGCUUUAUUAGAGAAGAUACAAACAGACUAUACAGGAAAUAUGUACACAAAAUACAUAUGUAGGGGAAGGUCACAGUACUUCUUGACACUUUAGCUGUAAUUUUUUAUUCUAUUUUUUAACAGUGAAAUAGUGAGAAAAAAAUCUAAAUCAAAACUUGUUAUAUUUUUGUAUCUUCAAUGUAGUCAUCCUUUGUCUAGAAUUUGAAAAAUGUAUGGCACUUUAUCUAGCUUCUUAUGUCUCACCAUUAGAUGCUUUUAGUACUGGAUGAGUUUCCAUCUAUUCUGGGCUCACUGACUGACUGUAAUCUAUUUCAAAUACAGUUUUAUUUAAUACAAUUUUAAUUUUGUAAUGAAAGACAUUAAUAUGUUUUGCACAGUUAUAAUUUAUGAGAAACAUUUUACGUAAGUGACCUAAGCUUUUGAACAGCAGCGUAUAUAUAAAUAAAGCAGUAUACUAUUGCUUAAUAAAGUUCAUACUACAUAAUAUUCUGUAGAUUUAAUGGUUAGAAUUUUAAGCAGAUCUGGCUUACUAUGAACCUUAUGAACCAUAAACGUUUGAACAUAAAACAAAUUUGAACAGGGUACAUGGUACCCCUCAGACCAUGUAAUUAAUGGAAGGUACAUAAUAAAAAUAUCUAUUUUGUUUCCUCCAAAGUUUCAUGCAAUUUAUAAAUAUAAAAUGUUUUUAUUAGUUUUGUUUCUUAUUUUGUGAAAUUACUUUUUAUUAAUAAAAAAGUUUAUAAUUUAGAAAAUGUAACUGCAUAUAAAUACUAUUAUGUUUAUGAAUUAAAUAUCUGUUAUGAAUUAAAAAUGUGUUGUUGAUCUACUUUUCAAAGUGAAAAGUAGUUGAAUGCAAUGGAGAAUGUCUAUUUUCUAUUAAUUGUUAACAUGAAAACCAAGCAUAACAAACAGCAACAUAAAAUGAGGAUUCAUAACAUAUUAAAUGUAAUAAUUCUCAAAUAAACACAAAAAUGCCAUUGA